AUGCGAUUUGUAUCAUUAGCAAAUACUGUUCAGUACGAUAUUCAUGGAAAUGUUCUUCAACAGGCUAUAUGUUUGGCUGAUGUCGACGCAAAUAAAAGCAACGAAUUAGUUGUUGGCACUUUUCAAGGUGAAUUAUUAAUUUUUAAAGGAGCUCGAAAGACAUUUUGGAAAAAAGCAAGUGGUCUAGGUUUUAUUGUAGCUGUUACGGUUGGAAUAUUUCAAGAACGAGCUAUUAUAUUCGUAGCAAAUGCCGAAGGAAUGCUUUAUCUGUUUGCAUUAAAAUCAACGUUAGAAAGACGACGACACGCAAGUGCUGAUCAGCAUGCUUCAGAACAUAGCUACAAUCACCUACCUAUUCUUCCGGCUUCUCCGGAAGAAGAAUUGAAAGUGUCUUACAGUCAGCAAUUGAUUUGUAAUCCAAAAGUGAUUUUAGUUGAAGAAUAUGAUGGCGAAAAACAACUGAUUAUCGGAUAUUACGAUCAAACAUUGAGAAUAUUUUCAUGUACAAUUCAUGAAGAAUCAGAUGCCCGAUUAUCAGUUCGUUUCAUUUUGAAAUUGGCUUUCAAUGUGGCUGGACAGAUUCAUACAAUUACUUCUAAUCGUCUAAAUAAGAACGCUUAUGAAUUAGUGAUAUCACAAUCUGGUGGAAAUUUAAUUCGUUUUAAUCCAAAUGAAAUGGUCUCUACUGACCAAAUACCAGCAAUAGGACGAUUACUAUCUACAGAUAUAUCAAAACAUGAAAAUGCAAUAACUGAAGCAAUUUCAUUAGAAAAUUUUUUUCCUAAUAUAACGCAAACAGAUAGUAACACAGUCUAUGCAACAUGUACAUCAGACGGUUCUAUUAAUAUAUUUUCAAAUAAUCUUGAAAAACAAACUCGAUCAAUUCAAUUAAAUAAUGUGUUAUUUGGACUACAGAAAGGAGAUUUUAUGAAUGACGGUACAAAUCAAUUAGCUGUCUCUUCUUGGGACGGUGAUACAUUUAUUAUUGAUCAUCGUUUUGAUAUUAUUCGUUUCAAAUUAGAUGAAAAAGUACGAUGUUUUACAGCCGGUUUAUAUGCCGUUGAAUCAAUGAAUACUUACUGUUUUAUUUAUGUUACAUUUAAUGAUAAAAUUGUUAUUGUUCACAAUCUCGAGUUAAGUUCAAUGAAAAUAAAUAAUUUGGCAACAAUGAUAAUGAUGAGAGAGAAUAAACUAAAAGAAACUUUAUCACAUUUAAGUUCAGAUCAAAUGAAACAACAAAUUGUAGAACUACUUCAUACACCUUAUUGA